AUGGCUGGUGAACAAUCUCAAUUUAAGAGCCAUGAGUUGACUUUUCAGGUUCAUACACGUGAAUCUGACUGGGAGGAUGACGAGUCAGCGGGUCACAGCAUCGCAGACUCUGAACUGGCUGGCGAAGCAUCUGAGGCAAUAGACCCCGCUCAGGCAGAAGAGCUACAAGAAGGGAUGCUCCUCCGCGAUGUCCCAAAGCGGACCACUUUUUACGACCCUGUUGCCGAACGCCAGAUGACCCAGACCGAUGCGAAGCUGUUCUACCAACGUAGUCAGAUUGAUUUGAGAGGUGAUAGCAGCGAGUGGGUGCAGAAAACGCCCCAGCAAAGUCCUCUAAUCCAAGCUGGCUCUCGCCCAGCGACUGAGUAUGGUGCAGACUCCCUCAUCCUGGAGCAAGAUGGCGAAGACGUGUCAUCUCAUGAAACAUCGCCGUUGAGCCGUGUGCAUCCAAGUCAGAUACCAAUGUCUGCUGCACAGGCCAGUGCUAUGCUUCAAGAGCAGCGCAUGCCUGGUGUGUCAAAUUCAGGACUAGCUAGCAAUAGCUUUCUUGAUACGGAACCGCACGUCACGACUGAAUUGGCCGCCAUCACAAGAGACAUCCAAAAAAUUGUUGAUUUGCGCCGCCGCUAUAUCGCGUUGUCUUCGCAAGGCCCGGAUGACAAUCCUAGAGACGGCGAAGAUUGGGAGAUCUACCCGCCACCCCCAGAGCCAGCAUGGAGAGAGGCUAGCCAUGCUAACUCCCGCUUCGCGCCACACAAAGCAACCUCUGCGAAUGAUUCCAGCCAAGAAUUUGACAUGGAUGGCCUGAUGCCUCUGCCAGGAAACGAUGGCUGUAGUUUUCAGCUUGAUUCAAACGGCGUUUACCAGGUCCUGGAUGAUGAAUCUGCCACGGAGCCCGCAAUCAAGAUUCCAACCAUCAGAGAAUUCUACAUGGACCUGGAAUCCAUCUUAAAAGUCUCAUCUGAUGGUCCGAGCAAAAGUUUCGCCUUUCGAAGGUUGCAGUACCUGGAGGGCAAAUUUAAUCUUUACGCCCUUCUGAACGAAUACCAAGAAACAGCGGACAGCAAAAAGGUACCCCAUAGAGACUUCUACAAUGUCCGAAAGGUUGAUACCCACGUUCAUCAUUCUGCUUGUAUGAACCAAAAGCAUCUGCUACGAUUUAUUAAGAGCAAGAUGAAGAAAUAUCCCAACGAGGUGGUUCUGUAUAGGGAUGGAAAGCACCUCACCCUGGCCGAAGUCUUUGCUAGUAUCAAUCUCACUGCUUAUGAUCUGAGCAUUGAUACUCUUGACAUGCACGCCCACACGGAUUCUUUCCACAGAUUCGACAAGUUCAAUCUCAAAUACAACCCUAUCGGGGAGUCUCGUCUGAGAACUAUAUUUCUGAAGACUGACAACUUCAUUCACGGGCGAUAUCUGGCAGAGAUCACCCAGGAAGUCAUCGAAGACCUUGAAUCUAGCAAGUAUCAAAUGGUUGAGUGGCGUAUUUCGAUCUACGGCAAAACUAUCGAUGAAUGGGACAAGUUGGCUGCAUGGGUGGUGGAUAACAAGCUUUUCUCCCACAACGUUCGCUGGCUCAUCCAAAUUCCUCGGCUAUACGACGUCUACAAGGGUAGUGGUCUCAUGGAGUCGUUUGAACAAGUCAUCAAGAACUUAUUCCAGCCUCUAUUCGAAGUUACAAAAGACCCAGCGAGUCAUCCAAAGCUACACAUCUUCCUUCAGCGCGUUAUUGGGUUCGACAGCGUCGACGACGAAAGCAAAGUGGAACGCCGACUCUUCCGCAAGUUUCCAGUACCAAAGGAAUGGGACGGCGCGCAAAACCCGCCAUACAGCUAUUGGAUAUACUAUACUUUUGCGAACAUGGCUUCUUUGAACUUCUGGAGGAAGAGACGUGGGUUCAACACUUUUACGCUUCGCCCACACUGUGGCGAGGCUGGCGACAGUGAGCACUUAGCUGUUGCUGCCCUGUGCUGUCACAGCAUUAGCCACGGCCUUUUGCUCCGGAAGGUGCCUCUGCUCCAGUAUAUAUUUUAUCUGGAGCAAAUUGGCAUGGCCAUGUCACCACUCAGCAACAACGCUCUGUUCCUCGCAUACGAGAGAAAUCCCUUCCAUCAGUACUUUAAACGUGGUCUCAACGUGUCACUCUCUACGGAUGAUCCUCUCCAGUUUGCCUUCACAAAAGAGCCACUCAUUGAAGAGUAUGCCGUUGCGGCGCAGAUUUGUAAGCUGAGCUCCGUGGACAUGUGCGAAUUAGCAAAGAACUCGGUCAAGCAGAGUGGCUAUGAGCGAGCAAUCAAGCAGCAGUGGCUCGGCCCUGAUUUCGAGAAGCCUGGCAAGGAAGGAAACAAGAUGGUGAAAACCAACGUACCAGAUCGCCGCGAGGAGUUCCGUUAUCUCACGCUGAUGCAAGAAAGAGAUGUGCUUCAGCGAUUUUCCGCGUACGAUGCUGCGAGCGAAUCUGGCAUAACCAAAACAAGCAACCAUCAGAUACCAGCAUACGGCAAUCCACAAGCUCCGUCAUCCCUAUCAAUUAAAAAUGGCACUCGCAGCAAGCCAAAUACGGAGCACGCAGGGACAUCAAGUUCGAGGACCCUUCAUUCCGAUAGCGUCGCAGACUUGCACCUUUCUGGGAGCGACCCGCGCCUAUUCCCUGGUAUACUUGCCAGAGAGCAUCGUAGUGGCAGCUUGAAGAGCCUCAGUCAUGAAAAGAACCCCAAUGGAAAUUAA